AAGAUCUGCAGAAAGAGCCCGUUUUACUAAAUCAGAAGUUCAGAAUUAUAUGCAUUAUAUACAAGGCCCAGUACAUUUUGUAUAGCCCACUAAAACCCUAAAGAAUGAGGAGAAAACACAGGAGAUAAAGGAAAGCAACCCAGACAGCAUCAAUGGCGUUUCCAGCGUCUCUUUCAUCGCCUUCGUCUUCAACCCCAAAAUUUCCGAUUAAUCUCUCUAAACCCAAACCCUCUCAACCCCAGAAAUGCUUGAUCAUACGUCUCCGUCACAAACCCUUCCAGACAAGUUGUACCAAAGUAGUAUCAAUGGCCCAAUUCGGUGAACCAAAUAAGGGUCACAAUCCGGGUCUGCAAAUCAAGGUUGUGAAGGAGAAGCUUAUGGAAACCAUACCUGACCCAGUUAAAGAGCUUCCAUGGAAGAGAGCAGCAGACAUUGCUCUGAAGCAGCUGCUUUUUCUUGGGGAGAAGGCACUCAAAUGGUGCCUCAUUGCUUUCUUUGUGUUGAGCUUCUUUUCAGAUGUCAUAUUUUCGAUCUCCAAGAACAGAGAACUGGUUAUACCUUUUGGUCUCUUUGUUGGGUGCUUAGUUACCGACAUUUUGAAAGAGACAUUGCAGCAAGUGCUUCCCAUUUCAGAGGAGAAGGGAUUCGAAAAGCACCUUAUCGGAAUCGGCUGCCUCUUUGCUGCUGUUAAGUUCAUCUCUUAUGGUCUCCCAGUACCGGCGCAGGUGUUUCUUCUAAAUGUGGCAAAUGGCGGGUUCCUGCGAGUUUUGUGGCUCUGGAGAGGUUUGUUGAACAAAAGUGACGAAGAAGAUGAUGUUGGUAAUAGUACCGAUGCUUCAUUGGCCAUGGAUGGGAAAAUGUAAUUUGCUUCUGGCGAUGAAGUAGAAUUUUCCUUUUUGCUUGGAUGUGGAACUGUAUAAUCUGCGCCAUUUGCAGAAACUGAUCGGAUCGGAUUUCGUGGUUGCAAAAAGUA